CAAAAUGCUUGCCUUAUCCUACGUUACACCGUUCACCCUUAUCAAGUAACCCCGUAUACGCAUUACGGCAACCUUCACAGCGAUGAAAGUCUGAUAUAAAAUCAUUCCGAUCUCUUCUCCGAAGCAUCAUCCACUAGCACCACUCCUUUGCACACUUAACAAGCCACCCUAUCCCCGCAAACAUGCGCUUCAUCAGCUCCAUCAUUCCAUUACUCGCUCUUCUCGCCACCGCUGCAUCAGCAGCCACAUGCAGCACCCCCGGCCAAUGCAUCCACCUCAACACCAUCUACUCCAACGCCCCCAGUGGGCGACCAGGCAACUACUUCAACAACCUACAGUUUGAAGUCUGGGAGGACAAUGCGGACAGUAGCGAGGUGGCGCUUUGUCGCGCGGACUGGGACUACCGGACCCCCGCGGGUCGACCGCAAGGAUACAUUAUCUGCAACACGACAGCGUGGAGCUGGUAUGUCCCCAGCUAUGAGAGCUUCAAGGUGUUUGACUUGGAGGUGAGGCAUGAUUUCCAAGACCAGAAUAACACGUGGCAUGAGAAGUAUGCGCGCUUGAAUUUGAACAGCGAGACGGCUUCUUGUGGUGGAUCCGCUGUUGGUGCGGCAGGCUGUACUUGGGGGCCGGUGGAUGCGGCGGUUUACAAUGAGACGACCAGCUCGUGGUAUUAGUGUGAAGGGUUUAGUGCAAGGGCAAGAGUAGGGAAAUUACAAAGGAAAAAGUUCGUCAGUACUGCAGUGAAAGUGGAUGAGAAUUAAUCAGUUCUUUGUAUUUAAUAUUGAUUUUAUUUGUUGUUUUUGGGAUUUGCGUUUAUAACUUUGUUUAACUGGG